AUGUAUCCAAAUCAGUCCGAUUAUCAAACGACUCUUUUCCAGAUCAUAGUCUUGAUCUUGUCAGCAUAUGCUCUUUACCUAUUCCUUCUACAAAAACCAAUACCCGGCAUACCAUACAACAAAGAUGCAGCGAACUCUCUCCUGGGAGACAUCCCCGCACUCCUCAAUAGCCAAAAUCAAGACAUAACGCUCUGGGAAUGGGUCUCUUCCCAAUGCGAGAAGCUCCAGUCACCCAUCAUCCAGCUCUGGCUGGCACCCUUUUCGAGACCCCUAGUCGUCCUCUCCGACUUUCGUGAAGCCGAGGAUAUCACUAUGCGGCGAACCAAAGAGCUCGACCGCUCAGACAGCCUCGAACAUAUCUUCGGUCCUCUUUUCCCUCAGUUUCACAUGCUCAUAAAGAGUCAGGAUCCCCUAUACAAGAGGCAGCGAAGGUGGCUGCAAGACCUCAUGACGCCAGGCUUCCUCCACAACGUGGCCGCCGAGCCGAUCUACCAGAACGUUCUCAAGGUCGUCGAGCUGUGGGAGCACAAGGCGCGGCUCGCCAGGGGACGCCCCUUUGCUGCGUUUGAGGACAUUUACUACGGUGCUUUGGACGCGGUGUUCUCGUUCUCGUUUGGGGGAGCGUUUGCUCAUUCAGCGAUACCAGCCCGACUUGAAGCGGUCGCCUCCAUGGGAGGGGUAGAAGAACCUUCUGAACCUGGAGGGCCUGUGUUGUUUCCAGUAGAAGCGAUAAACAAGGUCGUCGACGCGAUUCUGACGCUGGCCGAAUCUGUCGAGGAGGCGAGGAAAGCCGUGUUUCCGAGGUUUCGGUCCUGGUAUAUGCACCACACUACGCGCAUCAAGGAGGCCAAACGGAUCCGAGACGACUUUAUCGACCGCGAGAUUGACAUCGCGGUGGAGAGACUCGAGUCUAAGGAACCUGAGCCGGUGUUCAAGUCUGUCGGAAUGCACAGCGAGGUCUUUGGCUUCUUGAUGGCAGGGCACGAAACCAGCGCUACCACCUUUGGAUGGGGUUUGAAGUACCUCACAGAUCAUCAGGAUGUGCAACACAAGCUUCGUGAUGAGCUACGCAAGCAUUUUUCAAAAGCAGCCGCACAGAGACGACAGCCAAGUUGCGAAGAAAUCACCAAGACCACGAUCCUAUACCUAGAUGCCACCAUGGAGGAGAUCCUCCGCUGCGCGGGAACCACAUCCGUCACCGACAGACAGGCCCUCCACGACACCACCAUUCUAGGCCACCGGAUUCCUAAAGAUACAAACGUCAUCCUGGUCACCAUCGGCGAGAGCAUCAUGAAGCCUGAGUUCGUCAUACCCGACUCGCAACGCACAAAGACGGCCCUCAACGCAGCGAGCCGCAUCCGCAGCUGGAACUCGUCGCCUUAUCCCGUAGCGGACUUCCAGCCCGCGCGUUGGCUAGUGCCGUCGAAGGAAGACGCCGACCGCGAGGUGUUUGAUGCUACCGCCGGGCCGCAGAUGGCGUUUGGACUGGGGCCCAGGGCUUGUUUCGGACGGCGGCUGGCGUACUUGGAGCUUAAAAUGUUUACGGUGCUCUUGUUCUGGAAUUUUGAGCUUCUUCGCUGCCCAGAUGAGCUAUCCGGGUACAAUGGGUGCGUCGGGCUAACUGUCAAGCCGAUGCAGUGCUAUGUCAGGUUGAGCAAGGUAUCAUGGUGA